CGUCCCGUUUUCAGUUGAUUUUCUGCCUCGGUGCGAAGUACGCGCGUGUGUCUGGUGCCGGUGUUAGCGCGCGCGAGCGUUUUCGAAGUUUCGGUUCGCGUACGUAGCGGAAAUGUUGCUCGCGUAAUGUUGUUGGUCGCGUGUUGUUGCUCGAAUCGGGCUGUGCGGCAAUUUUUGUAACUAAAAGCACACAAAGAAGAGUUUUACAGUGAUAGUGAGCUAAUAAAAAAAACAACAACCAAAAGAAAAAAAGCAAAACAAAAAAAGGAAAAGAUCAAACGAAGAAAGUUGCUCGCGUGAAGUGAUGCGCAUCGGUUGUGCUUUAACGAGCGUGUUUGUGUGUGUGUGUGUGUGUGUGGGGCGCGAUAUGUUGUUUCUUGUUUUACGACUGGUGAUGCUCAUCCCAUAAACGACCCAUCUGCACAGCGCGAGAUAAGCAGCGCGCCCGCGGUGACCCUGCGAAGUGGUCAGGCAGGCAAGCAAACACUCCUUCUUUCGUUCUCUCUCUUUCCGUCUGCUUCAACCAUCGUCUAAUGACGAUGACACAUUAUUCAUCGGCAGCAUCCACCAGCGGGCAACAGCAACAAACGGUUGCCUUCUAGUAGGCCGUGCCCGUUGCCGGAUGGAAAUUAAACGUUUCCAUGUGAUAGAAGAACACUUCACUCGCAUGGUUGUGUGUGUGUUACGUUCUUCCGGCUCGGUGUCGAAGAAAGAGAGUCAAAGCGAGCGAUUAAACCCAUCGGCAAAGGCACAGUGAGAUUCUGUUUGAAGUGCAAAAGUGUCUACUGCUAGAGCUGUGAUCUGAAGCGAAGGAUCUAUUUUAAAGGACGUGUAACUUUUCGAUUACCUCGGCGAGCUCGAUGCGCUCGGUGAAAGGUGCAAAACAAAUAAGUGGAAGCCUGUGGACGAGGAGGUGGUUUAAUAAUAAUAAAAAAUAAAAUUAAAAAAAAAACUCCAAGCAAUAAGUAACUCGAAGCAGUUCGCUGCACAAAAGUGUCCGGUGGUGAAGAGAGAUAGAGAGAGAGACAAAAAAAAAGAGCCCGGGAGGAAAACUUUGACGACGCGAGUGUAAAUUUUGGUGAAUAAUGAGUGCGCAACCGGCGGCACUAAAUGCUUCUAAGCAGUGCCACCACGUUCGGUAAUAAAUAAAUUACGCUGCUGCUGCUGCUGCUGCAGGCUGUAAACUGGUUGCCGACAAAAAACCCCCAUACUGCCCCCAUAAGAACGGCACGACGGAAGGCGAAGCAAUCGAAGCGCGUGAUCAAGCUCCACCCUCUACACUUGCGCUAAUGUCGCGUGGGUUACGUUAAGAUGUGCAUCAAACGAGCGUGAGUGCCGACACCUUCGAAGCAUGACUGCAACCUAAAAACCACCGUGAAGAAGGAAAACUAACUCACACUACAACAAAACCAGCCGUACGAUCGUCCAACUCGUCAUCGUCUCUGGAGGCAGAGAAAGAGCGAGAUUUGAGGCGUUACAAGAAAACGCAACCACCCCCAAGAGAUGAUGGCGGACUUAAGUGGCUUUGUGGCUAAUUCCCACUACCUUGAGCGGACAAUCCACCACGUCACGCUAGUGCUGCUCCUAUCACUCACCCUCCUGCCCACCGCGAGCAGCUUCUGUCCGUCGCUGUGUACCUGCGAGAGUGAUCGCAAUCUGCGCACGUCCUGCAUUAACGCGUCGCUCGAGGUGGUACCGAUCCAGCUCAACCCGGACGUGCGGUACCUCAACCUGACCGCCAACCAGAUCACCAACGUACACUUCACGCUCGCCUUCUACUAUCAGCUCGAGUCGCUCGACCUCUCGCACAAUCGGCUCGAUACGCUCGGCUCGAAAAACUUCGAAUCGCAGGAAAAGCUGCUCGCCCUCAACCUCACCCACAAUGUGCUGCCGGCGCUGCUGAAGGACAGCUUCCGGGGGUUGCGCCGGCUCGAGCUGCUCCGGCUCGGCGACAACCAGCUGGAGCAGGUCCAUCCAACAGCGUUUCAGUCGCUGGUGUCGCUGCGCCGGCUCGAGCUGCCCAACAACCGGCUGGUAAGCUUCGAGGAGGGUGUGCUGCGGCCGCUGGUUUCGCUCGACACGCUACUGCUGGACAACAAUCAGCUGCUGGAGGUACCGUACGGGGGCAAUCUGGAGUACCUGCGGUCGUUACGCCAUCUCGACCUGUCCGGCAAUCUGAUCGAGUUCGUCGCGAACGACAGCUUCGGUACGCUGCACCAGCUGCACACGCUCCGGCUGGCCGGCAACGUGCUGAUGGAGCUAGACUGGAGCGGUUUCAGCGGUUUGAGCGCGCUCCAGCUGCUCGACCUGGCUGACAACAAUCUAACGACCAUCCCGACGGUGCAGCUGGCGAAGCUGUACAACCUGACCACGCUGACGCUGAGCGGCAACUCGUUCGUGGAGCUGCCGCCGGUUGCCUUCCAAAAUCUGUUCCAGCUGCGUGAGCUGCAUCUGGACCGGCUGGAUCGAUUGGAGCACAUCGAUACGAGAGCCUUCAUCGACAACACACACCUGCAGGUGCUGACACUCGACGACAAUCCCUCCUUUUCGACCCUCCCAGUACGGCUUUUCCACGGCAACCCGCACCUCAUCGACAUUUCCAUGCGACGGAACGCACUGCUCACACUGGAUGCCGUGCAGUUCCCGCUCGAUCGGCUGCAGCGCCUGAAGCUGGCGGGCAAUCCGCUCGUGUGCAACUGCACCAUCCGCUGGCUGUGGCGGCUCGUCACCGGCACGCUCGACGACGACGACGGGGACGAUCCGGACGGUGUGGCUUUCCUCGGCAAAGCGCUGGCCGAUCACACCAACAUCACGACCGUGCUGCUGAUCGACAAGGACGAGAUUGGGUGCGAUCUGAACGAGGACGGGCUGGUAACGCGUCGCAUUCUGCGCAACAUGUCCGAAAGCGACAUCAACUGCCCGGCCCAUCUAGUAACCGUGCUGAGCGUGCUGCUCAGCCUGCUGCUGCUAGCGCUCGGUGCUGGCGCAGCAAUCGUCUAUCGGCGCAAAACUCGCGAGCGCAAAAAGAUUCUCCAGGAGCGCAAGAACGUGCACGAGCGCAUCGUGCCGCAGAAGGUGGAUAAGCUCGAGCUGGAGCGCUAUCUGGCGCAGCAGGUGCUCUCGAACGAUUAUCGCGAGCUGCGGCCGGCCUGUGAUCUGCCGGUACGGUACGACCUGAAGUAUCCGGACCAGACGGCCCACCAGCUUGCCGUGGCGCCCGACGUGGAUCCCGACUCGGACCAUUACGAGAACAUAGACUACCUCCAGCAUCAGCGUGCCCUGGGCAGCUCGACCGCCUCGAACGCUACCACCCAGUCGAUCAUUACCAAUCCCUUCCAUCAGCAGCCACCGAGCCAGUACCACUUUCUGGCCCAGGGGCAACACCCGACGGCUUAUCAGACGCACCAGCCACAUCACCACCACCAUCACACUCACCACCCGACUCAUCAUCAUCCGCAUCCGCAUCAUCAGCAGCAGCAGCAAACGGCGGCAGCACCAGCGAUGACGAUGCAGCAUCCGCACAAGUACGCCCACCAUCAGCAUCACCAGCACGCCGGGACGGACGGUGCUGCCAACAACAGCAACACCCUGCCAGUGCCUCCCGGGCAGCGCAGCCUUAACAACUACUCACCGAACUUCUUCAUCUACGUCCUCUACUCGCACUUCAUACUGCUGCUGCUGAUGUUAUGAUGAGGUGCAGGGCAUAGCGCUGCAGGGUGUAUGGUGCGAUAGGGCAGGCGCGUCGCGCGACGCCGCUCCUCUCGUGGCUGGCUGUCAAUGAAGCAAUUCAAUCAAACUCUCAAAACAAUCGAUCGAAACCGGUGCUGAAUGUGUGUUUAUGUACAUAAUGUGAGAACAACUCGAUACAUUUUUGCUUUCAUUUUCCUGUUUUGUUUGAGAUUUUCCCAAGUUGACGUCGCUGCAUGUUACUCGGCAGGCACGGCAAGGCUAGUAAGACAUAACAGCAAACUGCAAAUGUAAAUUACUGAAAACCCCAUGGCAAAACUCGUACUAGACUAAUGUUAACAAACUCCGUACGUAAGGUUAAGGUGAAUUGUUUUAGUUUUUUUUCUUCGCUGCAAAAAAUCGUUCAAAUGCGCCAUAUUAGAUUAAGAUAUUUUGUUUUUAUUAACACGCAAUUGUACUGUAGGAUGGGUAAAAAAGGUCUUUAGAAAAGUCUUUUAUUGAUUGCAACUGUUGAUAUGUUGGCUGCUAAUCGUGUUGUGAAUUGCAUUAUAUGAUCCGAUUUUUACUUCUUAAUUUAUCCUUACCUUCUAACCUACUCUACACUCUUGUGUCUUUACUCUUAAGGACCUUUUGUUUACUUCCAACUGUUUAUGUUGUGCUUUAUCUGCUAAGCGUUCCUCUGUGCUUCCUGUUUGACCCUACACUAACAACUUUUUAGCAAACCUUUCUGCAAAAUUAAUACCUUUGUACAGUAGAUAGAGAUAAUUUAUAUUUUUACAAAUAACAAUUACGAAAAAAAACACGAAAAUUCAUUCAAAAGGAGAAACCAGACACUAACACUAACUCACAACAUGUACAUCGUGGAAAAAGAGGCAUAAAUUUGAUAAUUGAAUGAAACAAGAAAUGAGUAAAAGGGAUGUUAAAACAAUGUAAACAAAAAGCGAUAAUCUAAUAAGAGUGAACUAAACAAUGGAUAGCGCAAAAGAGAGUUCCAUUGAAGUGUAAAAAAUCAUUCUUUAGUUGUCUCCAGCAGUAUAAGCAACCCCCAUUAUAUAAGCCUGUUUAGCGGAACAUUUUUUUGUACGAAAACAAAACAUGUGAAAAUUAAAAGCAAUCAUGGAAAAAAAGAUAAAGGUUAGCAAAAGAUAAAACAUUUGAUAAAAAAGGCGGAAACUAAUUGAACAAGACAAAAACGCGUAAGAAAUGUGUAAUACUAUUGAUAAUAUUACGAAUAUGUUAAACUGAGUUGUUAUAAGACUGAGCUAGUUGGAGAAAGGUAAAUAAAAAAAAGCAAACAUAAAAAAGGCUACUGAAGAGAAAAUAAAUUUGACUACUGAAAAAUGCGAA